AUGCCGCCCAAGUUCACACCUCGCCUACGAAAGCAGAGGCACCGGGCGAACCCGGCUGGCGAGUCGGCCGAUACCAAUGUCGAACAGCUCCAGCCCGUCUCGAAGGAUGAGAAAGAGUUGCGACGACAGAAGCUGCAAGGAGAGCUACGGGAGCAGAACCCCCACAUGUCCUCGAAAAAGCAAAAGCGUUUAGACAAAUACAUUGAAAACAAACUCAGGAAGGAAGAAAAUAUCGAAUUGUUGAAGAAGCUAGCCUCGGCAUCUGUCGACACUUCUUCUCUGCAAAGCUCCAGAGAUCUUUUCAAGCGCAAAAAACAGGAUGAAGACAAGCCUAAACCGGCCGCCGAUGCGGCACCGAAACGCAAGGCUCCAGAUAUUUCCGGGUACGACACUGACGAUUCGGACGCCGACCUCAAAGCCUCUGAUCCCUCGACAGACCCCAAUGAACAAAAAUUGAAACAAGAGGCAGCUGCCGGAAGUGGAUUGAAGCGGCCUCUAGAGCUCGGGCCGGAUGGAUUCCCUGUUCUGAAGAAGCGCAAGCGUGCGCCCAAGAAGAAGAAGAAGCCUGUCGUGAAACCAGUACAAGCCGAGGUUGCAUGGGAUGGCUUUGACUCGGGUGAGGAGGACGAAGAGGAAGGCGAAGAUGACGAAGACGACGAAGAUAUGGACGACGAGUCCGCCGGGUCUGAAAGUGAUAUCGAAGAGGACUCCGAAGAGGGCUCUGAAGACGACGAUACUUCGUCUGAUGGUACUUCUGAUGAGGAUGAGGAAGACGAGGAAGAUAACGACGAGGAAGAAGACAGCCCAAAGCUCAAGACUCGCGAGUCGGCCUUCAAAUCUUGGGCCGUACAGCAGAUCAACGAGGCCGCAGGCUUCAAACCGAGUGCAGGAGCAGUGACAGAGGAAGAGCAAGUGUUCGACCCGUCCAAGUUGCCAGCAACUCACAAUACUAUCCAAGAAGAACCGCUUCCUCGAGAGCUUCAGGUCACCAGUGGCGAUCCCAACCGCAAGGCAUACAGUGUCGCGGUCGACCGCUCGGAAGAAAUCCAAGUAGCCCGUCUUGGACUUCCCGUCGUUGGAGAAGAGCAGAAAAUCAUGGAAGCAAUUCACAACAACUCAGUCGUGGUCAUUUGGGGUGCUACUGGUAGCGGAAAGACCACUCAGCUACCCCAGUUCCUCUUCGAAUCCGGAUUCGGCUCCCCUGGUAGCCCUAACCCAGGUCUCAUUGGUGUCACUCAGCCUCGCCGAGUCGCGGCCGUCAGUAUGGCCAACCGUGUGGCCCAGGAAUUGGGUCAACAUGCCGACAAGGUGUCCUAUCAGAUUCGAUUCGAGUCUACGGCGUCAAAGAAGACGGCUAUCAAGUUUAUGACUGAUGGUAUUCUUUUGCGAGAGAUCGCCGAUGACUUUGCCCUUCGCAAGUACUCUAUCAUUCUUAUUGACGAGGCUCACGAACGCAGUGUCAACACUGAUAUUCUGAUUGGAAUGGUCAGUCGUAUUGUGGGCUUGCGUAAGAGUCUGAGCGAGGAGGACCCGUCUGUCAAGCCGUUGAAGGUCGUCAUCAUGUCGGCCACUCUCCGUAUCUCGGAUUUCACUGAGAAUGCAAGUCUUUUCCGCGAUGGUCCUCCUCCCUUGGUCCAAGCCGAAGGUCGUCAGUACCCUGUCGCAGUCCAUUUCUCCCGUCGCACACAGCGCGAUUACGUCGAAGAUGCCUUCCGUAAGGUCUCACGCGGACACCGCAAACUGCCUGCCGGUGGAAUGCUCGUCUUUUUGACUGGACAAAUGGAGAUUCGUCAACUUUCAAAGAAACUGAAGCAGGCGUUCAAGCCUACCCAGCGGGAUGACACGACAAAUGCAAAGGUGCAACUCUCGGCUACUGAAGCACCUCUGGAGGCAGAGGAUCUCGAACUGGGUGGUACUGAGAUGGAAAAUCCGGGCCACGAUGAUUAUGACAGUGAUAUGGAGAUCACAGGAUUAGACGACGCCGAGGAAGAUGAAGGCUUCGAGCUAGCUGAAGGUGAAGAAGCGAUGGAUUCAUCCACCCGCGUUCACGUAUUGCCCCUAUACUCGCAGCUCCCUACGAAAGAACAAAUGAAGGUGUUCGAGGCACCGCCAGAGAACUCCCGGCUGAUCAUCCUCGCAACCAACGUUGCCGAAACAUCCCUCACCAUCCCCGGGAUCAAGUAUGUCUUUGACUGCGGCCGAUCCAAAGAGAAACAGUUCGACCUCUUCACCGGAGUCCAGAGCUUCCAAGUCGGCUGGAUCAGCAAGGCGAGCGCAAACCAGAGAGCCGGUCGAGCCGGUCGUACAGGGCCAGGUCACUGCUACAGACUGUACUCUUCCGCAGUCUACGAAAGCGAGUUCGCCGAGUACACAGAACCCGAGAUCCUGCGCACCCCCAUCGAAGGUGUCGUCCUCCAAAUGAAGAGCAUGGGUCUCCACAACGUCAUCAACUUCCCCUUCCCAACACCCCCAAGCCGUCAAGGUCUCGCAAAGGCAGAGAAACUCCUCAAGAACCUCGGCGCCCUCACAGCCGACGGCCAAGUAACCCCAAUCGGCCGCCGUCUCUCGACAUACCCCCUCUCACCACGCUUCAGCAAAAUGCUCCACAUCGGCCACCAACACGGCUGCAUGCCCUACGUGAUCGCCCUAGUCGCCGCUCUAGCCGUCGGCGACCUCUUCAUUCCCGAGAACCAACUCGACCCCAACAAUCCCUCCCCCUUCCAAAAGAAGGAGUCCAACGACUCCGACUCCGACUCCGACGUCGACACCCGAAAAGUCUACACAAACGCCGACCGCCUCGAAGACACAGAGCGCGAACAGCGCGCCAAAUCCCACGCCCGCGCCCACCGCCUCUUCAGCAAACACGACGAAACCUCCGACGCCCUCAAAUCCCUCUCCGCAAUCUGCGCCUACGCCUACGCCUCCGACGGCGAAGCCUUCGCCGACAAAAUGUUCCUCCGCGCCAAGGCCUUCAAAGAAGCAACCCAGCUCCGUCGCCAGCUAACCGACAUCGUCCGCUCAAACAACCCCGGUCUCGUCCCGGCCUACGAACACCGUCUCCCAGAGCCAUCUCCAAAACAAAUAAAAGCCCUCAAGCAAAUCGUCACGGCCGGCUUCAUAGACAAUGUCGCUAUACGCGCUGAUCUAGCCCCCGUCCCGCCUGAGAUCCCGCGCGCACCCCGUCGCGCAAUCGACGUGCCGUAUCUGACUCUUUUCCGCUCCCGGGAUGGAAAGAUCCAGGAAAUUCAGGAGAAAGCGGUGUAUGUCCAUCCUUCGUCGUUGUUGGCGAAGCUUUCGCCAAAGGAAAUGCCGCAGUAUAUUACCUAUUCGCAUCUGCAGCAGAGUUCGGCGUCGCUGGUUUCAGAUCAGGUGGCUAAGAUCAGGAUGUUCCCGCUUGUUGCGCCCAGUGGAUUGCAGCUGUCGGCUAUUGCGCAUGGUACGCCGUUGAUUGAGUAUGGGAAGCCCAUUGGGAAGGCGGAUGCUAUUGAGGGUGUGCCGCCGCGUAGGUCUUGCUGGGUUAUUCCGUCGCUUGUUGGGGAUUCGGGGAGUACGGGGUGGCCUUUGCCUGCUAAGAAGGUGGUGCAGAAAAAGGAUGCGAAGGAUGGGUGGGUUAUUGAGAAGUUUGUGGCGUAA